AUGUCGCGUCUGCCAACUCUGACAGAAGCGCCUGUCUCAGAAACAGGCAGCUCCGUCGUGGCAGGCGAGAUGCUCGAGCCGGAUCUUCGAGACUUUUGCACACAAAUCAUCGAUACCUUCAAGUGGAGCGAAGCCAAGAAGCGCAGAGAUGUCAAUGAGCUUGUGGAGUACCUCGAGGACCAGCUCAAUCUGUAUACAGUACCGAGCUUUUACAAUCGUUUUGCGAAAGAGGGCGAGCAAGGCCUGGAUAUGGAUAAGCUACAGAUCUUACCUUGUGAGAGACCCGUCAAGACGAAGCUCCUCAAAUUCUUUGUCUUUGGCGAGCCAGGGCUAUGGCGAGAGUCUAUACAACCCACCAUCGUCAAGAAAGGAACAAAUCCAAUCCUCAAACCGCAUCAAGAAGAGCCAUAUUCCUACAGCGCAAAGUCUUUCCUCAAGGGUCCUUUUGCGAUUGUUCGUGCAGCCAUGAGCGCAGAUACACCGCCGAUGCGGGUCGCCCUCAAAGAGUAUGCACCAGAGAUUGAUGUCUCCUAUGAUAUUCUCAUUCAAAACCUCAUGCUGCCACAUCCAAACGCGCUUCGUGUCCUCUGCACCUAUCGCACAACCAGAACAGGCAAAGUUGUGCAAAAGAUGGCAAUGGAGCCUUGGUGUGAUUAUCGACUCGAAGAUGUCAUUGCCGCUGGCGCAUACGGUCUCGACCUUGUUUUGCGGGUUGGUUAUUGUCUUGGCUCGCUACUCUACCACAUUCAUUGUCACGGUGUAAAGCACGUCAACAUUAAUCCUCGCAACAUUCUUUUAACGGAGGAAGGCGGCAUCUACCUCAGUGAUCUGAGUACAUCGCGCAUCUACGUUGAAGCAGAGGAAAUGAGCGAGCCUGCCAACGUCGAUGACAAGACGGAACGCGGUCGCUUGACACAUCCAAGCAGUGUCUCGACCAUGGCGCACCUCACCAUUCAGACUGAUCUAUUCUACACUGCCCCUGAACAACGCGUCGAUGUCUCUCGACGUGGCACCGAUAUUUGGAUGCUUGGCAUUACACUGCUUGAAUUGCUGUACUCCCUUGGACCGCAAGAACGCGCGAUUCGCGAUCCUCAAGCAUUCUCUUACAUGGUUGCAUCGCUACCUACGCAACAGCUACAAAAGAAGCUACACUCGCUACUUCCAGUCUGCGCAGACCCCAAGGAAGAACAAAUCCGACGAGCACUCUUGGAUAUCGUUGAAGAAGUGCUUGUUCAACAACCCAUGCACAGACCUUCUGCCUUUGAUAUUCACCAACGGCUCGCCAAGUUUGCGCAAGAGGUCGAGUACCCGCUUGACUUGAACCCAGACCCUGAUUUGCCGCCGAUUGAAGCUGCCAAGGAUGUCAUUCGUGCUUCUGUACCAUACAGCGUGCAUGAACACAUCACCAUCAAGCGAGAAGACGACUACCUCGUUGACUUAUCUCGCGGCGAGAAGAAAGUUCGCUUUGGGAAUGACUUUAGCGUCAAGACAUUCGAAGCAAUGGAGGCAGGGGAUGAAGAUGGCAAUGAGUUGACGGAUGGAGAAGGUGGUGAGUUGACGGCAGAGGAUGAAGAACGUCUCAAGGCGAUGGAGGGCGAAGAAGGACGCGCUCUCGCCAGCUAA